AUGGGGACGACUCCCCUGUUAUCGCCGUCGACUCUUCCUUAUCCAUGCCGCCUUCCUGCUCUCUGCGCCGUCAAGUCGUCGCCGAAGCUGGCGCUCGUCGGAGGGAACCGGAUCUGCCCGUCAUCCGGUACUGUGGCUCCACCCUGUCCUCUCAUCCGCCAUGGCGGCAGAUGGAGGCGGAACGACUUCAAGGUGCGCUCGGACGAGGGCGAUGGGGACGCGGGGGAUCCGGACGGGUACGACAUGGACGAGGAGGAGGAGGUAGAGGAGAUCGACAACAAGAAGGACUACGACGUGGAGUACGACCGACUUCUCGGCACCGCCGUGGCCUCCUCGGGCUCGGGGGCCAGUGACGACAUCGAGAUUGUGCAGAGUAAGAACUUCGUGUCAACGCGGGGUUGGGACUCGGAGACGGUUGUUGACUACCGGAUCAACGAGGACGAGUUCCACAAGAUCUGUCUCCUCCACUGUGAUUUUUUCAUCAGGAAACCGCCCGAUCCGGACAACAACGUGUAUGACUUCAGGGAGGUCGGUAGUGUUAAGUUUGACUGUUUUUCACUCUCUUCGUGUUCCUCGAUGUAUUACUGCGGGUCCUUAAGCGACACUCUCACAUUCAGAUGUACGUCACGCCUCCUGACACAGAUGUCUAUGCAAUUCCGAAGGUUUUGUCUCCGAUGCCUCAAAAGGUAAGGCUAAUUUAUAAUGUCUAGUUAUAUUUUUUUUUUACGGAUUCUUCUUAGUAUGUUUGUUUGUUUCUCUACAUUGGAGACUUAUCUUAAGCUCUGUGGAUUAUUAAUUUUACGGAUUCUUCUCCGUAGUACCCUGGAAAAAAAAAUGCACAAAAGAAGGAAUGAGCUAUCAUACCAAGGAUUUUUAGUUAUUGUCCCCUUAUGCUGUUCACUCUUCUUCCUUUAUUCAGUAUAUUCGCUGCGCGAAGAGUGACUUUGGAUGCUACAAUGUCACAGAGCCACCCAUUGACGCUCCUCGAGAUCCAUUAUAUAAAACUGAACGUGAGAUCCUAAAGGUAAUUAGUGUAAUUUCGUGCAUUUUCCGGCUACAGGAAUCUGUUUAUUCAAUUCAACGUCUGCCUGAUUCCUUUCCAGUUGAUUUGAAGACAAUAUUCGUUUGACAGAGUAUAAUUUUCAUUGAAGAUGGCUGCCUGUCUUCUCAGAUCGUCUUAGUUUUUCCUCUUCUUAUCAUCACACAAUUAACGCCACAUUAAGAUGAAUCUGUGUAUGAAAGAAAGCACCCCCUUCCCUUCAACUCCCCAUACAAACAGAGGAAGAGCAAAGAAAAUGCAGAGGUUUUUGUGAAAAUAUGUUAGAGUCACUGAUCUUGUUUAGGGUGGUAUCCAACUCAGUCACGACUUCCUUUUAUGUCACGUUUGAACAAACUGUCCUUCCUAGUCCAGGAGACGGGUUCAAAUCAGAGUAAAGAACGUGGAGCUUCUUUUUUUCACAAUCAAUAUGGUGAUGACCUGGGUUUUGAUAUAUGCCAUUAAAUCACAACAACACUCGUUGAUACAUCAGGCUGUUCUCAGAAGGGUGAUCGAUGCUAGUGUGUCAGAUAAUCUUUAGGCUCCAAGUCAACCAAAAGCAUGCGUUGAAUUGACAUUUAUCCCGAAAUGCUUUUUGAAUGUAGAGAUAUGGAUGUGGGUUACUAAUUUGGGCACCAUCCAUUUCGUUCUUCACAUUACUAAACAGGAGCACUCCAUUGGAGCGGAAUAUUUACUGUUGCAAUUAUUUCUCUAAUAUUUCUGAUGCUCGUGAUUCGCUUGUCAAUGUUGUAUUUAAAAAGAAGUGAGUAAGUCCACUUAUUUAUUAAGAAACGGAUGGAUGUACAUACACGUAGCCUACCAGCGAUUAGAAAAACCCUGUACACUUGUUUCAUAUUACACCAACAUUGUGUAGAUCAUGCUGAUAAUAGAUAAUACAUAGAACAGCAUAUCUACUGCCGGUGCCAUCUUCAAUGGGAUUCAUGGUUGUUGGGUAAUUUCCUUGCGAAUUUUCUAUUAUUCCUUAUUUAUGAGAUCUAACGUAUAGCCCGUUAUGGAAGCUUCAUUUCUUAGUAUUAGUUUCUACCCAUUAUAUUAUAUCACUUCCAUUCAUUGUCUUGGGGGAGGAUUUCGUGUUAAAUGGAUCUCAUCGACUGUUUCUUGCAUCACCGAUUUUUUCGAUUCAUUAUUUGUCUCUAUCAUAGGUGUUCCUAACAAAGCACUACAGAAAUAGGAGGUUCGAUGACCCAGAUUUUGUCUUGGAUUUUGAAGAAAUUUAUGUGAUAGACUCAAAGACGAAGUCAAUUACCCGGGCCAAGGUUUUGGUAAGAUUUAAUAUCAUCUCUCGAUAUCUUAUUUUAAUUGAUAGCGUUAUCAGUUAAGUUCGGUGAGGUUUGAAGGAUCCGAGCAAGGAUGAAUGGCUGGAAAAAAUAAGAUAUAGCGCAAUGAUAAAUAUAUAUAUAUAUAUAUAAUUUAUUUUCAACAACCCUUCUUUAUUCAACAGGUGACAAUUCCCGAAGGAAGAGAUAGAGAGAGGAGGAAUGACCUGUUAAUUAUACGCGAUGGAGGAACAUCCUUCAAAAUAAUUGAUAAGGUGCCUUUCUUUCUUACCUAUUUUACUCUCUCUCUCUCUCUCUCUCUCUUUGGGGGCUCUCACCGUGGGUUUGCUGAUUCGUCUUGGAUAUUUCUUCAGAUCAAGAGGGAUGAUCCGACCACAGUAAUAGAGAGAGAGGAGUGGGUCGAGACAAGGAAGGACAUGGAGAAGCAUCUCCGAAAGCUCCGGGACUUCAGCGUCUCCAACUGGUUCUAA